UCUAUUAGAAACUGCAAUCCAAAACUGACAGUUAUCAAAAGUUUGAUAAAAAAAUACUUUGUAAAACUGAUAAGAACUGAUAAAGUCCUUAUCAUUUGUAUUACUUGUAUUAUUUGUAUUACUUUUUUAAGGUAUUUAAUUAAGAAUUUUGUGAUAUCCUUAUCAAAAUGUGCUGUGUAAUACUGUUAUAUCAUCAAAAUUCACCUGUUACAUGCCCUCAACUAAAUGAGCAAUGAUCCCAAGAAAAAGCACCGUAAACUGCGGAGGCAGCGUUCCAUUCACGGGGUGCACUACGACAUUGAGAAGCGUGAGGAGGUGGUGACCCGACCGUUCAGGAUGCCGCCCCACCGCGAGAUACAGGCUUACGAUCGACAAGUGGCUGGUCACACGGCCACCAAGGAUACCAAGUUUUUAGGACUACUUCAAUGUAACGACGGUACAAUUUUGAAGCCGAUCCUCAAGGAAGCUCAAAAACGCGAGGUGGAAUUCUACAAUCGGCUGGCCACGGCCACGGAGCCUGAUCUGGUGGAGAUGAGGAACUUUGUGCCGAGGUACUACGGCUGCAAGAAGGUCACAUACAAUGGACACGAGCAAGAGUACAUCAUACUGGAGGACCUAACGAAGAAUAUGCUGGAGCCCUGCAUCAUGGAUGUUAAAAUAGGUAGACGAACAUGGGACCCACUGGCAACAGAAGAGAAGAUAGCGAACGAGAAGAAGAAGUACGCGCGGUGCAAGGAGCAGUUCGCGUUCUGCAUACCAGGGUUCCAGGUGUAUCGGCUGUCCACCGGACAGCUGCAUAAAUAUGACAAGGAUUACGGGAAGAAACUGCACGGUGACAAGGUUAUAGAGGCGGUGCGCAGCUUCCUAAACGUGGAAAGUGGCGCGCGGCGCGCGGCGGCGGCGCUGGCGGCGGCGCUGUGGCGGCUGCAGCGCUGGGCGCGGCGCGCGCGGCCGCUGCGGCUGUACGCCGCCUCGCUGCUGCUCGUCUACGACGCCGCCCGCCUGCGGCCGGCUCCACCUCCACCUCCCUCCACAGGGUUAAAGGAAAAAAAAUAUCCCGCGGCGAUAGUCCGGCGACGGUCCAUACACUCGAUACACAGCCCGGCAAGCGCCGGCUCCAACUUCAGCGGGCUCCUUACGUCUAAAGGACCUGUCUACAAGAAAGUCAAAUCCGUACCUCUUAGCCCCAUGACGUCACAAGCAAGUUUUGCCCCACCACCCCCUAUUAAUUCCCCGUGGAGCAACGCCUUCGACAGAGUCAAUCAGAGCCACUCCCCUGAUCAUAAUUACGAUGAUAAAAUAUGCAAGAUGAAGAUGAAUUUCAGAGCCACCCUGGAUCAGCUGUCGACUGAAUCCUCAGACCCUAAUGCGUGGGGUAUUGUCAAGAUUAUAGAUUUCGCUCACGUGUUCUUCAAUGAGAAAGACGAUAUGGGCCCAGACGAGAACUUUCUGGAAGGCAUAGACAAUUUUGUGAAAAUCUUCGAUGAAAUUUUAAUUGAAACGCAGCAUCAAGAUAUUUGAUCCAGUGCCAUAUUUUAGAUUUUAAACUAGAAUAAUUAAAAAAUAAAAAUCAUUAUAUAUUCUAACUGUAAGAUAUUACAUUACUAUUUUAUUACUAUUACUAUUUUAGUUAUGGUGAAUUCGACAUUUGAAGUUAGUUACAAGAGAAGAAAGAGGGCAUAAAGAUCUAGAAAAGAUCUUUACGUACGUACGUAACCGUGAUUCCUUAACUUCUGUAAUCCGUACUUCCUAAAAUAUGUUAUAUUUUUUAAAUGGUUUUCAUAAAAAAAAAUCGCUUUAUUAAAUUUAUAUUUAGAGAAAGAAACGCCACAGCACUUAAUUUUUGACUGUAGCCGACUCAUACAUAAACGACAUAUCUCCUUUGGACUGGUCGUAGCUAGGGGGGAGCAUUGAGGGACAGUGCCCUAUCUUAAAAGGCCUAAUGUCCAACCUUAAAAUGAAAGGCCCAAGAAAAUUAAAUAGAUUCGCUUUUUCGAAGUCACUUAAUUAUGGCUUCAGCCCUACCAAAAAGUUCUUUUGCCCUACCUUAAACUUGGGUCCAGCUACGGCCCUACCUUUGGAAAAUACACAUCCUGAGCAGAUAAAAAACGUCGCUACAAAAGAUCUUCAAAUUCCUGUCGCUGAUAGGAAUUAGCAGCGAACGUUAAAAAAAAGGGCGUAUACAAAAGAUCAUGGAAAAGUUGGAAUGUCAUAGGUUUUUCUGCAAAUAAUAUUCAUAAAAGUGUGUCUUAUUUAUUUGUUUGCGUUCUUUUAUUUUCUAUGUAAUAAAUAAUUCAAGUAAAAUAUACUCAUUUCUUCACUUACAA